AUGAACUCAAAUUACUCAAGCUUGUUUCCUGAGGUCGAUCCCUUGCAAUUAGGUCUCCUGAAGAAAGAGGUGAGUAGGGAAGAAAUUAGAGCGGCUCUCUUCAGCAUGGGGGCCCUAAAAUCUCCAGGUCCGAAUGGACUUAACGCUUUAUUCUACCAAAAUCAAUGGGAGUUUGUGGGCACAUCGAUGAUCAAAUUAGUGAAGCAAGCUUUUACUAAUCCAACUAUCAUUGCUGAUAUUAAUCAUACUUAUAUUGUCCUCAUUCCCAAGAAAGAUUGCCCAGAGACCAUAAGAGACUUUCGCUUUAUUAGUCUGGAUAAUGUGAUUUAUAAGAUUAUCUCCAAAGUGGUUGUUAAUAGGAUGAAGUGUUUCUUGCCAAGCAUUAUAUCCCCUAAUCAAUGCAGCUUCGUUCCUGGGCAAACUAGCUCUAACAAUAUCAUUGUUGCCCAGGAGGUCAUUAACACAAUGAGAACUAUGUCUGGCAAGAGGGGGUUUAUGGCUAUAAAGAUUGACUUGGAGAAAGCUUACGGCUAG